GUGCGAUAAGUUUAUUAAGUACUAUAAAUCUCAUAUCCCUUGAGUCUUGACAUAUUUUCUUUUGACCACAGUUCACGUUGUGUGCGAAUGAAAAUUGUAAUCUACUGUGCUUGCUAAUCCUACUUAUGGGAACUAUUUUCUAAUCAGUAAUUAGAAUCUUAACUGGAUUCUCCUUUUUAUUCUGUACUGUCUUUGUAAAAGUGUAACUUGUUCCUCUAAAGUUAUCCUUACAUUGUAUUUAUACAUAUAGCAUAUAUUUUGAUUGUCCAGACAUUUUGUGACAAGUACUUGUUUUAUAUAGUUUUUUUGGGCUAUAUUUAAAGACCAUGUCUCUCUACCCUUCACUUGAAGAUAUGAAGGUGGACAAUAUGAUACGAGCUCAAAUGGCUCAGCAACAAACGCCUCCACCUUUUCAGCCUGUAUCUUACCAACAUCCCAACGACACGGGUCCAAGUGCCCCCAGACAAGUUUAUCCGGCUCUCGGUGAUUAUAUGGGGCUGGAAUUAUCUCAAGAUGUUAUUGCUUUGAAUAUGCCUGAGUAUCAAGUCCAAAUCGCCCAACCUGGUACUGGAGCUUGUAAUAUUGUAGCGCCAUUGUCAUCCCAAUCAGCAAGUCUAUCAAAAGCUAUUGUGUCUGGAGCCAUUCGUCAGGUGAUAUUGUGUAAAGAUAGGGAUGGGAAAUGUGGAUUACGACUUCACUCUGUUAAUAAUGGAGUAUUUGUUUGCUAUGUUGCUGCUGGGAGUCCAGCUGCAUUGGCAGGCUUAAGAUUUGGUGACCAGAUCCUUGAAAUUAAUAAUGUGUCUCUUGCUGGUAUGACAAUGGAACAAUGUCAUGCAAUUCUGAAAAAAUCUGGUCCCAAUGGAAUUACUAUGGCAGUGCGGGAUAGACCAUUCGAGAGGACCAUUACACUUCAUAAAGAUUCGCUUGGUCAUGUUGGCUUCCAAUUUAAAGAUGGAAAUAUAGUUGGGCUUGUCAAAGAUUCAUCAGCAGCUCGAAAUGGUCUCCUCACUGACCACCAAAUACUUGAAAUAAAUACUAUCAAUGUCGUAGGCAUGAAAGAUAAAGAGAUAUCCAAGGUUAUUGAAAACAGCCCUUCUGUUGUGAAUGUAACUGUUAUUCCCCAGUACAUCUACAAACACAUGAUAAGCAAGAUGUCAAGUUCUCUCUUCAAAGAAUUGGACCGCACACCCGCCGUUUAAAGACUAUUUCAUAUUUUGAACCCCCCUUUAUCUUUUGAAUAUCACGAAUUUGUUAUAGUUGCACAUUUUGUACUCUUUUUAUAUUUACAUACAUUUUAUUCUUUAGUGAAUUUUCGUCCAUACAGUAUGUUAUAGAUUAUAUUUCUUUAGAAUUUAAUUAGUCAGUAAGGGCUGUGAGUUUCAUUAUUGCAAGUGAAAAUGUUUGAUUAUUCAUGAGAUUAUUUAUCAACAAUAACAUAUAUUUGACUCCUUAUCUGCUUGUUGUUUGUCAUAUUAUCAUAACAAUGUUGGAGUUGUAAUAGCACUGAUUUUAUGUUGUUGGAAUGUAACAUAAAAUCAAUAAUAAUUGAAAAAAUUACAUAUAAAUAUUUUAUUUUCUUAAUGUGCUUCACAAAUAAAUAAUGAACAAAAUAAGAAGAUACAAUUUAAAUUAACACUAUUGCAUUUACAGCUUUUAAAAAGAAAGUUUUGAUUUUAAUGACAUUGAAUGAUAAUUAUUAUAAUAGUGACAUGCAUUCCUAAAAUAUAAUAUAUUGUUUAUAUUAAAUGUUGAAUAAUAUUUGAGAUUUCUACAGACUUCUUUAGCUUCUACUAUGUAUACACUAUUUUAAGCACAAAAAAAAUCUUAAUGUUAAAGGCCAAAUAUUACCUUAGAUUUAAAUAUCAUGUAUCCAAAAUUGUUUUAUACUUUAUAUUUAGAAAUUAUUUAGUUUAGUAUCACCUUUUCUAUGUGUAGUAUUUUAGAAUAAAUUUUAUGGAAAUUA